GUACUUUUUUUUUUUAUAAACUAAAAACUACAACACAUCCAUACUGUAUUUUCCACAUUUCAUUGGUUUUUUUAUUUUUUUAUUUUCCGUGGCGGCGUGAUGAAGUUGAAAUUUUUGAAAACUCAAUUCGCCCAUUUCUCUAAAAAAUCCAUCAAGAAAGGUACUCCACUUGAACGUGAUAGAUAGAAAGAACAAAACAAAACAAAAAAGAAAAAGAGAGGAAGAGACGUCGACCAUUAAAAACGUUUCUUGUUGUGUACCCGCCCUGAUUCCUUGUUCCUAAGUGUCGCUUCCUUCAUCCGAUGACCGCACGACCUUGAUUGACCAUCCCAUCAUUACCUCCCUUUACCGUGAUUCCUUCUUUCGCACCAUGAACCCCAAAGACCAACUUCAACUUCUCUUGACCGACUGUAAACAUGCCGUUGAACAGCACCAUGACUCUACUUUACGUCAGUUGAAACAAAGCCCCAGUGCCUCGACGGACCCCACCAUCGUUGCUACCCCACCAUCGUCCACCACCAACGUAUUCAAAGACAACCUGGAAAUAGAUCAGCCAACCGUCAUGUUACCAUCGCAAGAUAGUCAGGUCACAGACAACCACGAGACACAGAUGUAUCAAACCGUUCAGAGUUAUUUAAAUGACAUAUUGUCCGGUUUACGGUGUCGCUCAGAGAUGGAAACACAGCACGAGCACGGAACUAUCCCAGACGAGGGGUACAAAAAUGAAAAUGACAGAAAGCACGAUUUGGACGCAGUGUCACAGCUGUUGGCUGCCUUGUUUGGCAUGGAACAACGAUUAACGGAGGAACAUCAAACUCAGUCUCAACCAAUCUGGCAGCCGUUGGAGGAGCAUCUUCACCAGUGGAUUUUGCAAUGCGGAGGUGUGUUCCUUCGACUUUCAAAUACGCAGGAACGUUUAAUUUUGCUGGAUCACUUGAUCCUUCUUCCCGGCGUCAGUACCUGGGCCGUGCCCUUGAUCCAGUACCACCCGACCAAUCGUCGCGCUUUUACACCAUCAAGUAUGCAACACUACCUUACUGCAGUACAUCGCAUUUUAGAUCCUCGAUCAGCGGUAGUAUCCGAUCGUCAUCCAUCCUCAUCCCAGUGGACCGAAGAAGAUUAUUUGGCAUGUUUGGAUCAGUUGGAUGUGGAGCGCACUUACGACCAAUGUCUCGAUAGUCUUAUUCCCAAAGCGAGGUUGACUCCCUUGUCGGCCGAUAUGGCGGGCCAGGCCCAGUUGUUUGAUUUCACUAAAAGUUUGCUGUCUGCUCUCAAUUCGGGUAUUCCAUACUUGUCAGGAACUCAUCCCAACGUCGUGAAACGAAUCAGUCAAACCGCUAUUUACAUCACUCAGAUCCUCGCCGAACACCUCGAACGAGAUGGAGCGACAAAAAUGCACCAGAAACCACUGGAUGACUUGAUUACCCAUAUCGCCGUUCACUAUCUUCAACUCAACGAUGCCAGCGUUUACCAUUUUCUGCCAGCCUUGCCAUUUCACGUCGUCUCUUUGGAAGCGCUUUGGGAGAUCACACUGCAUUUAUUGCAAAUGCACCCAUACCCCGUACCGGAAUCCUUCUCUGCAAUCCUCGAUCAAUUACCGGAUAUCACCAGCUUUCUUUUUAUCCUGCGUCAGCAACACGCUCAAAGUACCUUUAUGUUUCAAUGCCUCGCCAAUAUCAUUACCUCCAUUCCAUCGCAGCCCAGUUACCCCUCGUCUCCUCAGCAACAAGACGCCGCUUGCCUAAUUACGAUCAUUGCCCACAUUCUGUUCUCGGUCGCGUUUAUCAAAGACGAUCUCAAAGAUCUUUAUUACAAGGAUAUUCGCGAUCAUUUCUAUCCCAUCUGUAUACAGCAUCCUUUUGUCAUUUCAUUCUUGUUACGUUGGACGGCCGAUCAUUUCCAUGUCAUGGAAGGCAUGGCGUUGUAUCUGUUCCAUUCAUUACCUUUGGAUCACUGGAAGAUCCGCAGAGAAGACUUGCUUAUACUUCGUCAGUUACUGCAUCAAGAUUCACCGACUCAUUCACGGGCGGCUUUUGCACGCUAUGUCAUUGACCAUCUUUACUUUGGAUACAAACCUCAAGAAGGAGAGACGUUCACCGCAAAUUCUCAGCCUUGGAAACCGCAACGGUUGCCGUUCAUUGCUUUGGAUUGCCACUCCAUGCUGGCCCUGAUCUUGCUGGAAUUAUGCCAAAAAUAUCAAACCCUUCCGGAAUCAGACAAGAGCAACAGUUUAUUGAAAACGAUGCGUUCCAUUUUCAGUUCCCAGUUGCCUCCCCUGCCAUGUUUCUCGACUCCCACGGCCGUAACGACCUCCAGUGCAUCCGAUGCCCUCCAUUGGUGUUGGAGAACCGCGCUAAAAUUGAAAUUGUAUAACUGCCCUAUUUUCUCCAGUGCGUGUGACGCGGAUCAGACCAUCACGGCGGUGUUUCUCAAAGAAGCUUUACACUACCAUCACGAGACCGUGGGGCUGCACACUAGCUUGUUGGUGUACAUCAUUUUCCUGCUGUCGUCGACCAGCCGGCAUUUUCUUCGCUUUGAAUCCAGCAACGGAUGGCUCAAGUUACUGUUGAUGCUGCGACGCGGAAAACCUGAAUCUGUAAUCCAAGUCCUCGCCGAUAUCAUUCCCACAUUUGCCUACAUGCACGGCGACGAUUUCUUCAACGACGAAAGCGUGAGCGCGUUUUUGAGGCAUGUGAUUGACUUUAAGCCGGAUCCGUUACUGGUGGAAGCUGCCGCGGAAUGGCUGACCGAUGUUGGAGCGACUGGGGCGUUUUGGCAACCGCAGAAAACGCAUGGCAUGGCGCUAGUGAUAGCCGCACACGUUUGGCACGGUAAUUUUAUUGAUUCAGUGAGUGAUUUUGCCGAGGCGGGGAGCCACGGGUUCUCGUACCGCGAUCUUUUACUGCAUUCUUGGCUAAAGACGGUGUUUCGUAAACGCGACUGGAUGUGGAGCGAACCUUAUGUCGCCAUCAUGGACACGCUCUGUUUGCUUGGAUUUUGUCUGCCACGCCAGACCCUGGUUCGCAGCAUGUUGGCCGAAGAAUACAAAACGCUGGAAAAGCAACGACAGCCAUCUCUGGCGACAUCCAACAAAAUAUCGACGUUGGCGGCGCAACAGCGGACUGCGCUGCGGUUGAUUAAAAGCAUGCUUCCGGAAGCCGGUUAUACCACGCUUUUAACCGGGGAAUGGUCCAUGCUGUCACUGACAACGAGCAAUUUGUUCAAAACGCCGGGCGUUGAACCGCAUUCAUUCUGGUUCGCUUUUGAUGUAUUACUGAUGGAAACCAAUGAGGAGCAAGCCUAUCGAAAGGAUCUUGUGAAAGCAUGGAGUGAGCAUCCCCGUGGAAAGGAUCAUGGGAAGGAAACCACGGCGGAUGGGACGCCCCUAAAUGAGGUGGAACUGGGCAAUCUUUUCAAGGAAAUGCAUGUUCGCUAUAAGAAGCCGAUUGAAUUUCUCGCUAUUUAUCGGUGGCUGCAACAUAUUCUGGUGAUGCCUCCUGAACAUCCGCUGCUGCCGCUGUAUCUGCAAAUCUUCUUUUCCUUGUAUUUCGCCAAUGCGUGUCUGCAGCAACGCCACUUUUUCUAUGGGGAACUGUUGUUUAGCCGAAAGAAAGAUCAGCUUCAAAAAUUACGCGACUGUAUUGCUGGUUUGCAAACGUACCAUGGUCAACACAAACUACACCAGGUAGAUCCGAGUGCCAAGGAGACGACGACCACCACCGCGAUCUGGACAAAUGAGGAAAAAUUCAAGCCAAAUAACGAAGAGCUACGUCAGCUAUAUUACGGCAUGUGGUUAUGGCUGGGCGAUCCUCAGUUACUUCAAUCGAAUUAUCCGACCACGGAUAUUCCGAGUCACUAUUGCCCUGAACGGCUCACGCAAUGUCGAACAUCCACGUCGUUGGACCAGUGGGAGCAUCACCAGCCAUGGAACAAUGAGCAAGCGCUGUGGUUGGAUUUGGCCAAACGCGACGAGCUACGCCACAGCUUUUUAGCGUUCCCAUGGCAAGGGUCAGAAAAAUUCCGCCAACCCGAGCCAUCUCACGGUAGUAACCAAGACGGAAGGGACGGGCGUGAAGUAAUAGGACGAUCCAUCAUCCGCACCAACAAAACCGAAAUUGCGACCAUGCCUCCUCUCCAAUUUAAAACUCCCUAAUGGGUGCUCUUUUUUUCUUACUCUAAUUGUAUCUCUUCUAAUUUCUAACAUCUCAUAUGUAUCAUUUCUUAGCUAAUGCUGUGGCAUCAUUUGUAUCUAUUGUAAUUUAUACUGUAACAACCAUUUUGGUUUCACCGUGCUCUUCCAUUUCUCUCGAG